GGCCGCCAAUCUCUUCCGGCUCCACCCUGCGCCUACUUCCGGUGGCUGACAAAGGCACGGUUAGUCAACCUGGGUGGCCGUGAAAGGCGAGGUGAGGCGGUCAUAGCCUUACCUCGUAAAGUGAAACAUGUAUGGCCAGUGAAUGAGACAAACGCAGACUGGAUGAAAAGCACCAGCACGUUCGAUCAGAGCAACAAGUAGGCUCGAACUCAGGUCCUUCCUAUCAAAGGCGGUACCCUUAGCUGAGGCUCCCCCGCGCUGGGGACUCCGCCCCGCCUCCUAGCCCUCAUUGGUCACAAGUGCCGCCCGGCAGCCCUGCGAUUGGCCAGACCGGCGGCCCGCCGCGUCCAAUAGGCGGCGGCGCCGGAUUUCCCGCGCCCUUCGCCGUUCGAGUGGGUCUUGCCGGCAGUGGCGGUUGAUGCGCGUAACGGUCGCCCGACCCCGCUGCGACGAUGGCGGCCUUGGGCCCCGGAGGCUACGCGCGGAACGACGCGGUCGAGAAACUGUCGUCUGUCACCGCGGGGGUUCCGGCGAGGAGAGGCCAGCCCUCCCCGCCCCCCGCCCCACCGCUCUGCCUCCGGCGGCGGACACGACUCACGGCGGCGCCGGAGGACACGGUGCAGAGCCGGGUGUCGCUGGAGAAGGUGCUCGGCAUCACAGCCCAGAACAGCAGCGGCCUAACCUGCGACCCCAGCACAGGCCAUGUGGCCUACCUGGCAGGCUGUGUGGUGGUGAUUUUGGACCCCAAGGAGAACAAGCAGCAGCACAUCUUCAAUACUGCCAGGAAGUCCCUGAGUGCUCUGGCCUUCUCACCUGACGGGAAGUACAUAGUGACAGGAGAGAAUGGACACAGGCCCGCUGUGCGCAUCUGGGAUGUGGAUGAGAAGAGCCAGGUGGCGGAGAUGCUGGGCCACAAGUACGGCGUGGCCUGCGUGGCCUUCUCACCCAACAUGAAGCACAUCGUGUCCAUGGGCUACCAGCAUGACAUGGUGCUCAAUGUCUGGGACUGGAAGAAAGACAUCGUGGUGGCCUCCAACAAGGUGUCAUGCAGGGUCAUCGCCCUCUCCUUCUCAGAAGACAGCAGCUACUUUGUCACUGUUGGGAACCGGCACGUGAGGUUCUGGUUUUUGGAAGUCUCCACUGAAGCAAAGGUGACAGGGACGGUGCCCCUGGUAGGGCGCUCGGGCAUCCUCGGUGAGCUGCACAACAACGUCUUCUGUGGUGUGGCCUGCGGCCGGGGCCGGAUGGCAGGCAAUACCUUCUGCGUGUCCUACUCGGGCCUCCUCUGCCAGUUCAACGAGAAGAGGGUCCUGGAAAAGUGGAUCAACCUGAAGGUCUCCCUGUCUUCCUGCCUCUGCGUCAGCCAAGAACUCAUCUUCUGCGGCUGCACAGAUGGGGUAGUCCGCAUCUUCCAGGCCCAUAGCCUGCACUACCUCACCAACCUGCCCAAGCCUCACUACCUCGGGGUGGACGUGGCGCAGGGCCUGGAGCCCAGCUUCCUCUUCCGCAGGAAGGCUGAAGCAAUAUAUCCAGACACGGUGGCGCUGACCUUUGACCCCACCCACCAGUGGCUGUCCUGUGUGUAUAAAGACCACAGCAUCUACAUCUGGGAUGUCCAGGACAUCAACAAAGUGAGCAAGAUAUGGUCAGAGCUAUUCCAUAGCUCCUACGUCUGGAAUGUGGAGGUGUAUCCUGAGUUUGAAGAUCAGAGAGCUUGUCUGCCAUCAGGAUCUUUUCUCACUUGUUCUUCAGACAACACCAUUCGCUUCUGGAACACGGAUAGCAGCCCUGACUCUCACUGGCAGAAAAACAUCUUCAGUAAUACCCUCCUGAAGGUGGUAUAUGUGGAGAAUGACACCCAGCACCUACAGGACACGUCACACUUCCCAGACCGGGGGAGUGAAAACGGGACGCCCAUGGAUGUGAAAGCCGGGGUACGCGUCAUGCAGGUCAGUCCUGAUGGCCAGCACCUGGCUUCAGGCGACCGAAGUGGAAAUCUGAGGAUCCACGAGCUGCACUUCAUGGACGAGCUGCUCAAGGUGGAGGCCCAUGAUGCGGAGGUGCUGUGCCUGGAGUACUCCAAGCCUGAGACAGGGCUGACCUUGCUGGCCUCAGCCAGUCGGGACCGGCUGAUCCAUGUGCUGAACGUGGAGAAGAACUACAACCUGGAGCAGACCCUGGACGACCACUCCUCCUCCAUCACAGCCAUCAAGUUUGCCGGCAACAGAGACAUCCAGAUGAUCAGCUGUGGGGCUGACAAGAGCAUCUACUUUCGCAGCGCCCAGCGGGCCUCAGAUGGACUACACUUUGUCCGAACCCACCACGUGGCAGAGAAGACCACUUUGUAUGACAUGGACAUUGACAUCACCCAGAAGUACGUGGCCGUAGCCUGCCAGGACCGGAAUGUGAGAGUCUACAACACUGUGAACGGGAAGCAGAAGAAGUGCUACAAGGGCUCGCAGGGUGAUGAAGGGUCCCUGCUGAAGGUCCAUGUGGACCCCUCAGGCACCUUCCUGGCCACAAGCUGCUCUGACAAAAGCAUCUCAGUGAUGGACUUUUACUCCGGCGAGUGUGUCGCCAAGAUGUUUGGCCAUUCAGAAAUCGUCACUGGCAUGAAGUUCACCUACGACUGCCGCCACCUGAUCACAGUGUCCGGAGACAGCUGUGUGUUCAUCUGGCACCUGGGUCCGGAGAUCACCAGCUGCAUGAAGCAGCACUUGUUGGAGAUAGACCACCGGGAGCAGCAGCAGCAGCAGCAGAACAUGAAGGAUGGGAACUGGAGCAGCCAGCCCAGGCAGGAGGCCUGUGCGUCCAUGCCCAGUGAGGCUCGUUCCAUAAGCCCUGGAGAGCAGACAGAGGACGAGCUGGAGGAAGAGUGCGAACCUGAGGAGAUGCUGAAGACGCCAUCCAAAGAGAGCUUGGACCCAGAUCCUCGAUGCCUGCUGACCAAUGGCAAGCUGCCACUCUGGGCAAAACGGCUGCUAGGAGAUGACGACGUGGCAGAUGGUUCAGCCUUCCAUGCCAAGCGCAGCUACCAGCCACACGGCCGCUGGGCAGAACGGGCUGACCAGGAGCCCCUCAAGACCAUCCUGGAUGCCCGGGACCUGGAUUGCUACUUCACCCCCAUGAAGCCUGAGAGCCUGGAGGACUCUGUCCUGGACACAGUUGAGCCACAGAGCCUGGUGGACCUGCUCAGCGAGUCAGAGUGUCCCCAGGAGAACAGCUGUGGGCACCCUUCCUUCCUGCCCCUGCAGAGGGGGUCUGAGGCCAGUGAGCUUGUCACCUACUCCCUGGAAGCAGCAGUGACAGUCUCAGGCACAGACAGCAAGUACCGCGUUGGGGAGGAGGACGGGGGGCGUGCAGACCAGCAAGACGACUCCUACCUCAGGAUCUCCUCCACUGGCUCCAAGGCCCAGAGCCCACCUGAAGACUCAGAGGAGUCAGAGGCAGACUUGGAGUGCAGCUUUGCCACCAUCCACUCUUCCCCGCCACGGCCUGAUCCAGACCCUCGGUUUGACGCGACGGUGUCCCACACACCAGGAUGCCCCGGGCCUGCAGAAGAAGAGCAGGCCCUGCCCGAGGGGCCAGGCCUCACCAGCAGCUCUCUGCCCCAGACCCCCGAGCAGGAGAAGUUCCUCCGUCACCACUUCGAGACGCUCGCCGACACCCAGCCUGAGGAGCUUUUCCACAGGUCCCUGAGAGACGUGACAGCCUCCGAGGCUGAGGACUUCUUCCUCAAUCCCCGGCUCAGCAUCUCAGCCCAGUUCCUCUCACGCCUCCGGAAGAAACCCAGGUUCACCCACACUUUCCCUCCCCAGCUGCCCCUGCACCUCAUGAAGUCCUCAGAGGUCAAUCCCAUGGACCAGGGGGGAAGCCAGCCCAGAGCAGAGCUGAGAGCAGGUACUGGCUACGCCUCCCCAGACCAGACCAAUGUCCUCUCUGGCGGGGAGGCUGAUGAGCUCCUUGAGACCGUGGAAGCCUGGCACCCCUUGACCCCCUGCCUCUCAGGCCUGGUGCCCUGUGUCCCCUCAUCAGUGCUGCCCACAGACAGGAGGCCCCCGCUGCCUGCAUCCAUACCCACCCCAGGCCUGGCUCAGGGCGUCCGCGUUCCCUCCACCUGUUCCUACAUGGAAGCCACAGCCAGCUCCCGUGCCAAGAUGUCACACAGCACCUCCCUCAGGGACCGUGUUGGCCCUGUCCCGGCUGAGCUGGCCAGGCCCCUCUGCAGGCCCUCCUCCAUGGGGGAGCUGGCCUCCCUGGGCCAGGAGCUCCAAGCCGUCACCACCACGGUAGCUCCCAGCUCUGGCAGUGAGGGCCGGGAGCCUGCCCUGGCCUCCCGAGGCAACCAUGAGGCCCGUGCCAACCUGAGACUGACCUUGUCAAGCAUCUGUGACAGCUUCCUGCUGCCCCCAUCCCCACUGGAGGCACCCACCACACGUGCCUGGUCCCAGGAGCCUGUGGCCACCCAGCCCUGUGCUACAGUCACAGCAGCCAGGCUCCUGGCCCCCAGCCCUGUGAACACAAGUGCCCUAAGGCUUCCCGACCCCUCCUUUCUCCCAAGGCUCCCUGCCCCUCAGCCCCUCAACCCUUCCACCCACCCUGGUAGCUCCCAGCUUCCAGAGACCAAGCCAGGAAUCUCUGGAAGCACUGCCUUCCUCCUGGAGCCCACCGCUGAUGCGCCCAGUCUGGUCCAGAGCAACCCUGGACACUGGGAGGAACCCGGGCUGCCAGCUGGGGUCCUGCCCCCAGCUCCUCUUGAGCUGAGCGGUGUGGAGACCAUCGUGCACAGGCUGCAGACUGCCUUCCAAGAAGCCCUUGACCUUUACCUUGUGCUGGUUUCCAGUGGUCAGGUCAGCGCCGAGCAGCAGCAGACACGGACUGAGCUGGCCUCCACCUUCCUCUGGAUCCACAGCCAGCUGGAGGCCCACUGGCUGGGAGGGACAGAGAUGGCCCCAGCCCAGGCCCUGCCCAGCCCAGGUCCACCUUCCCCACCUACACUCUGCCCCCUGGCUAGCCCAGAUUUGCGGGCCCUGCUGGAACACUACUCGGAGCUGCUGGUGCAGGCCGUGCGCAGGAAGGUAGAGGGGGACUGAGGCCAGCAGCCCCUCCACGGCAUUCCUGUUGCUUCUGGAGAAUGUAUCUUAAGCAAAUAAACUGACAGCUUGGAGGCAUAGUUCCUGGAACGUGUCUGGCCCAUCCACAAAGCCCCCUUCAGGUGGAUGCAGGGUGGGUGGAGGGUGACGCUCAAGUGGACAGUGUAGGGGAUUCAUGUUUGCCCCAGUGCCACGCCCAUGUCCCCGGACUCCAGCACUGGGGAGCGUGCAGUGACAACAAUCCCAGGGCCUGGCCUCCCACACCCCUUAUCCCUGGCCCACUGAGAGCAUCCUGGAGGGUCACUUGUGGUCCUUGCCCCUACUAGUACCCAAGAGCCUACAAGGACUACUGUAAUCACAUGUGCCACACCUUGCCCACCAGUACAUGUGUUACCACAUCACUGGCUCACGGUCACAGCGUCAGGGCCAUGCUGGAUUCUACAUGGUCUAGGUUGUUGCUGUCCUUAUCUGCAGGAGGGUAAACAGGAAAGACAAACAGACUUACCCCUGGACUAUCCCAGCAGCCUGCACCAGACCACCCAGCAGCUAGGCCAGUGACACCCCCAGCAGAACAGUGCCCAGCACCAUGAGCUCCCAGCACUGGCCCCAGCUCUCCCAGGCACAGUGUUGUAUGUACUAAGGAUAUUCAUAACCACAAAAGCCCCCACUAUCCUGAGUCCCUGUAAAACAGAAGGCCAUAUGGCCUUCUAAAGCACAGCCCCACCAUGCGGUUUGCUGUUACCUAAACUCCCAUGUGCUUGCAAGUUCCCCCGUUCUGCCUGGUGAUCGUGGUCCACCAGAAACAGGUUCAAAGAAAUGCAGUUUCUUGCCCCAGGUCGCAUAGGGCUGAGACUUGAACCUAAGUUUGCCUGGUGGCAGACCCUCCAACAUAGGACCCCACCCUCUGCUGCCCCCACAAACGUGAUGCACGUCACGACCAAUCACACAGCUCUUUAAAGAUUCUGCUGGCCCCCGGAUGUCUGCCACUGUUCUACAGGCUAGGAAUACAGUAGGGAACAGGACGGGCAAAGUGUGCUCAUGGCAUUUGCCUUCUAGAAGCAAAACAAACAUGGGAAAUAAAACUAUAUUUGACCUUCACAUUUAAGGCCUGUUGAUUUUCAACAAGGGUUGCAAGACCAUCCACUGGGGAAAGAAUAGUCUGUCUCUUCAACAGAUAAUGCUUGGGCAACUGGAUAGCCACACAUAAAGAAUGAAGUUGGACCGCUACCUCACACCAUGUUAAAAUGGACUAAUGACCUAAAUAUAAGUACUGAAAUGUUAGAACUCUCAGAAGAAAACAUAGACAUAAAUCUUCAUGAUCUUGGAUUUGAUAGUGGAUUCUUAGAUACGAUUCCAGUAGCACAAGCAACAGAAAAAAAAGAUAAAUGGGACUUAAUCAAAAUUAAAAAACUUGUGCAUCAAAGAACACUAAGAAAAUGAAAAGGCAACCUACAAGAUGAAAGGAAUUAAAGCAGAUACAUGUAUACCAAUGUUUACUGCAGCAUUACAACAGUUUACAAGUGGACACAACUCAAGUGUCCAUUGACAGAUCGAUGGAUAAACAAAAUGCGGUAUAUGCAUACAGUGGAAUAUUACCCAUAAAGAUCAACGAAAUUCUCAUGUAUCCCACAAGGUAGGUGAACCUUGAAGACAUUAUGCUAAGUGAAAAACCAGACACAAAGCGAGACAUGAAAUAUCUAGAAAAGGCAAACUCAUGGACACGAUAGAUGAGCGGGUACUACGGGCCAGGAGGACGAGCGGAUGUUGAGUUCUUGCUUAAGAGGUACAGAGUGGCUGUUCGGGGUGUGAAAAGGUUUUGGCAAUAGUGAUGGUUGCCCAACACUGAACAUAAUCAAUGCCACUGAAUUGUACACUUAACACUCGUUAAAGGUGAUUAAUGGUUACCAGGGGUGGGGGACAGGAAGGGCAAGAAUCAUUGCAUAGGAAGCACCGAGUUUCUCUUGAUGGUGGUGGACUCUGGCAAUGGAUGUUGGUAACAGCCGCACAACAUGAUUAACAGGUAACCGAUGUCACUACACUGUACAUGUGAAAAAGGUUCAGAAAUGGUUAAAAUGGUAAAUUAUGUAUUUUAACCAAUUAUAUAUAUAUUUAUAUAUUUUACCACACAUACAAAAAGUACAGAUACAUGCUUCACUGUGGACUCUCCGACGUGCUAACGUGGCAUGUUGUAUGACCCUG